AGAGACCUGGCAGGCGGGCGGCUCGCGGCGGCGGCGGCGCAGACAUGGCUGCGCUGGUGGAGCCGCUGGGGCUUGAGCGGGACGUGUCCCGGGCGGUGGAGCUCCUCGAGCGGCUCCAGCGCAGCGGGGAGCUGCCCCCGCAGAAGCUGCAGGCCCUCCAGCGAGUCCUGCAGAGCCGCUUCUGCUCUGCCAUCCGGGAGGUGUAUGAGCAGCUCUACGACACGUUGGACAUCACGGGCAGUGCUGAGAUCCGGGCCCACGCCACAGCCAAGGCCACAGUGGCUGCCUUCACAGCCAGCGAGGGCCACGCACAUCCCAGGGUAGUGGAGCUGCCCAAAACAGAUGAGGGCCUGGGCUUCAACAUCAUGGGGGGCAAGGAGCAGAACUCCCCCAUCUACAUUUCCCGUGUCAUCCCUGGAGGUGUGGCUGACCGCCAUGGAGGCCUCAAGCGUGGGGACCAGCUGCUGUCAGUGAAUGGUGUGAGCGUUGAGGGUGAGCAGCACGAGAAGGCAGUGGAGCUGCUGAAGGCAGCCCAGGGCUCGGUGAAGCUGGUGGUGCGUUACACACCUCGCGUGCUGGAGGAGAUGGAGGCCCGCUUCGAGAAGAUGCGCUCUGCCCGCCGGCGCCAGCAGCACCAGAGCUACUCGUCCUUGGAGUCUCGAGGCUGAAACCACAGUGUUUGGACCCUCACCCCGCCCCCUCCCCUGUAUAGUAUUUAUUGUCACCGGCUCCUUGUUUAAAGAUCUUUGACCCUCA